AUGUAUUACCGAGGGUUAGGUGAAUGCGAUUUAGUAUGUAAUCGGUGGUGGAAUCGUCGGGGCCUCAUCUCGCGGCCGCGGCGUGUCGGCAUGUGUAGUGCGUGGUGUGCGCCGCGCGCGUGUGUGCGUCCGGCUCUCGGGGCGCACUGCUCGAUUAGCGAGGCCGGCACCGCCACGCCGCCUGAUUGGGCCAUCCAUCACCGCCGCCGCCCGCUCCGCCACCCUCCGGCCCUGCGCACGCCGGCAGCCAACACUGCCCCUUGCGCACAGGGCUCGAAGGUGUCUUUUCCGGCGCGCGGUUCCCGCCGCGUUAAUGCCGCGACGCGCGCAGCACAGAUCGAGGCGUAUUUUUAA